AUGGAUUCAUUUGAUGCAUUGAUUAAUGAAAUUAAGAUCAGUGGGAACUAUGAUGAUAUGUUUGAUUCUUUCAUUGAUCUUUUAGGCUCAGACUCAAUUCCAAUUGACAAACAACCAGAAUUAUUGCAACAAUCUCAAAAAUUAAUACAUAUUAUAUUAUCUUUAUCUGGUAUAUCGUCAACAGAGAGAGAACGCGUAUUACUUUGCAUUCAAAGAUUGGCAACAAUUUUCGGAAUGUCAUUCUGCAGUGGAGUGACAAUGUACAAAGAGCCACUCUUACUGUUAUUUGAAAAGAAUGAAAACUUUUACACCGGAAAUGAGCAAGCUACUGCAUCAUUUAAAGAAUUUGUCAGAUAUUUCAUGGAUAUUGUAUUUGGAGAAUUCCAAUCCUUAUUCAUCGAAAACUACACAAUUGAAAACCUAAUAUUUAUGGCCAAAAUUGUUUUAGCUGUUCAAUCAUCAAUCGAAGCAAGUGAAUCAAUACAAAUAUUCGAGGAGUUAGCAGAUACAAUUAAUAAAUCACUUCAAACACUUAUUAACUCGGAAAUCAAUGUCAGCAAAGAAGAUUUGAAUACAAUAUUUGAAUUCUGUUUCAAUUCAAAGAAAUGCUACAGCAAUUUACUUAUUUUGGCUGGAAAAUAUUUGAAUGGCAAUGUUUUCGAUACAAAAUUUGUUGCUGUCAAAAAUAUCACAAAAUUAGCAAAUCUUGAUGAUAACUCAUGCUUCAUUGAAUGGGCAGAGAAGUCAUUCUUCACCGAAUUCAUUUCAAGAAAGGAUCUUCAUGAAGAAUUAUAUUCUCAUUUGAUAACUCCAGCGACAAAGUACUUUGAAAAGCACAAAUUAUCAAUAGAAGAGAUCAAGAAUCUUUAUGGAAGUGUUAAUUCAAUGCCAAUUGGUAUUCGAGAAUCUUAUAUCAAAUUGAUUGCAAGUGUUAUUUCAAAAUCAACAGAAAUUGCGCAGUCAUUCAUUGAAGAUGCACGUAAAACAGAAAUUACAAUUGAAACAGCUAAUCUUUUCUUUCAUAUUUUGACAAAUGGAGAAGAUUUGAAUGAAGACAUUCUGACAGCUCUUAUUGAUAUCAGUUUAAGCAAAGGAAUGAUUGAUGGAUUCAAAGUUAACUGGAAGAAGAUCUGCAGCAUUGAUAAAUACCAAAAUGUCUUAUCAAAGUAUUUAUCAAAAUCCAUAGAAAAUCAUUUAUUUAAUACUGAUGUUUAUAUUGCAUUGAUCAAAUCAUGUCUUCCUCAGAAUAUUGCCAUUGAUGUUUACAAAGCAAUUCUUGAGCAAAUGAAGAAUGAUGACCCAGAAAUUCUGAAGUUGUUACAAUAUAUCGAUAUCGAUCUUGUAAUUGAGAAAUUCACUGAAUGUUUAGAAUUUAUGAUUCCUAUUUUUUGCAAGACAAAAUCAAUUCUUUCUUCCAAUAUUCUCUUAAAUGUUACAAAUGGUAAAAUCAACAUCGACCAUUCAGUUAUUUUCAAAUGGAUCGAUAUACUCAAUGAGAAUAUCGAAUAUACAUUAACAGAAAACCUUCCAUUCAUCAAUAGACUUGCAUUUGAACUGGCAAGAAGUAUUUGCAUUAAUUCCUCAACAAUUUUUGUUUACAACACUACCAACAAUAAAUUUGAUGCAAAAGCAUUUGGCCCUCUAAUGAAAAUAUUAGAUAGACAAGAUCUGAAGGAUAAAAAUCUAAAUUACUUUUUGAGAGGUAUGAUAAAAUUUGUUAAUCAAUUAAAAACAGAUGGCUACAGACAAAUGUUCAAACUAUUAUCAGAUUUGAAAUCCGUCAAUAAAGUUAUUUUGCUACAAGCACUUGUAAGACUCUGUAAUUGUUUGAUUAUUCAGCCACACGUUGAUACACUUGUGGAAUCAUAUUACUCUGAUAUCAAAUGUAUUAUUGGUGAUGAAGUAUAUUACGCUCCAAGAAAUUAUUUAAUAAAUAAAAUAUUGAAGAAACAGUAUUCUAAAGCACAUGGAAAUGUACCAUUCAAACUCAAGGAUGAUAAAAGUAAAGGAGAAGCCACAACUAAAUCAUUUGUCGUGCAUUUCAUUGCUGAACCACAUCCAACAAAGAAGAAACCAGAGAUAAUAAACUACGAUGACCAGACAGAUGUUUUAGAAGAUAUCAGAGAGAAACUUAUUGAUAUAUUAAAUGAUGAAGAAAAAGAUGAAUAUGCUUUCAAAGCAUUGGCUUUUAUGAAGAAAGUUAAAUACGAUGAUGUAUUAGAAAAACUUAAAGAAAAUGAGAAAAACAAGUUUAGAUAA